AUGCCGCCGCCGCCGUCGUCGAUGCAGCACCGCCCGUCCCUGCCGCACCAUCUCCCUCCGCUCCCCGUUCCCCAAUGGCGCUCAGGGCCCGCGGGAAAGCCCAUGCCCUCCUCGUCACUUUGGCCGCCACACGCUCCCGCCGGCUCCUUCCCUCAACCUUUUGUUCCUAGAGAUUACAUCCACUCUGCACUUCCGUUGCCGCACAGCUACCCUCCCCCAGACUGGGUUGCUGGCGGAGGUAACGACGCAAUAGAGCGCGGGAGCGGGGGAGGCGGGCGCAGGUUCAAGCGGCGGUCGUCGCGGCAGUCGGGUCCGCCCGUUCCGCACCCGCUCGGGCUGGACUACGGAGGCCCGCCCCCGCGCGGGUCCAGAAUGCGGCGGCCGGAUAAGCAGGCGCAGGGGCAGGGGCAGGCGCAGGCGCGUCAGCCACGUCAGCCGCGACAGGCGGGGCAGCUCCGGCAGCAGCAGCAGCACAAGAAGAUUUGGAAACGGCGGCGUGCGCCCGGUCCGGGUUUCGCUUCAGCCGCUGCGGCAGCGGCGGCGGAAGUCAACGGUUCGGCGGCGCCGCUGGCGCCGCUGUCGCUGCCGUCUCCGGGAGACGCGGAGGGGAUGUUGGAGGACGGGGAGUUCCGGCCGCCGCGUCUGCAGGAGCUGAAGCAGCGCAACCGCGUCGGAACGCGGAGCGCUCCGCGCAACACAACGUCGUUCAUCAUGCAGGCGCGCGGAGGCGCAGGUCCGCUUACCCCCGCAGGGGCUGGCGCAAGCGGAGUCGGCGCCGGCGCUUCCCCCUCCCCCGCGACAACUCCGCGCCUGCUCCCAACCCCCCUGGCGUCUUCUUCCCCCGCGCCGUGGGGAGUUGGUUUGUCGAGUAGCCAGGACGGAGCAGGGGAAGGCGACAUUCGCGAGUUUAGAGUUAAUCCGUACGGAUCUAUGAACGGAAUGCUCUACACCGGGGAUACCGCGGGAGCCAAUGGGAUGAUGCCACAUCAUCCGGUGAUGGGCAUGGCAGCGCGCGGAUCCAGCGGGGAUUCGUUCCUGCGAGCGCGCAUAGACGAGCAGGAGACGCAGCUAGCACAGCUGGAAGAGGAGAAUCUGACGCUGAGAGAGCGGCUGUACGUGGCAGAGCAGGAGGUGAAGGAGCUGCGGCGGCGCCUGGGCGAGGGGUCAGACGAGAUGGUGGAGAUGGGGGGCGACAACAGCGACGACGAGGCGUCUUGCGCGGCUGCACACCCUGCUGCUGCUUGA